ACCAAUGGUUAUUUCCUAGGAUUAAAGGUGUGAGUCCAAAGGUGAUGAAGGUGAUCCAGAUGUUGAGGCUCAGGAAGAUUUUCAGCGGGUCUUUCGUCAGAAUAAACAAGACUUCAAUGACCAUGAUGAAGGUGGUGGAGCCUUAUGUGGCCUGGGGAUUUCCAAACCUAAAGUCUGUUCGUGAGCUUAUUCUGAAAAGAGGACAGGCCAAGAUGGGCAGGAGGACAGUACCUCUCACCGACAAUACCUUCAUCGAGCAGCACAUGGGUACGUUCCUGGGUGUUUGGUACAAACCGCACAAAUGA